AUGACAGACCAGGCGAUGGACAAGGAGGGCGAUGGAAAGGAGAAUUUGCCGAGUUCAGAUGAUCAAAGCGAAAAGGUCAGCGUGCGAACUCUGAGUGAAAGCAAAUUAGGCAGUGGUGCUUUGUGGCCAAACAGGCAUGCCCAGGAAGAUGGCAUGCAGGAGGGCACGCUUUCUUCCCUCAGCUGUAACCAAUCAAUGGACUUGAGCAGCCGUGCCCUAGACAGUCCCUCCCCUACGGCGUACCUGAAAGGAACCGAAUCCUUGAAAGACCUCAAAAAUAUAAAACUGUACUGUGACGGUAGAGGUGAUCAACCUAGCACUUUAAAAACGCUGCUUUCCGAGGCUCGGGAGAAGCCCGAUUUUGACUCGACGGAUACACUGAAGAAGCGUUAUGACGGAGAGGACUACAGUCGACCCGGGGUCUUAACUUCUAAACUGCAAGAGAGCCAGCCCCACGAAGAGCCCAAGGACCCGGAUUCGGUCUCUAAGGGUACAGUAGAGAACAACAACCGACUGAUAGAACUUGCAAAAUCCUACCAGAACCGCAACGGCGAAGAGCAUGAAAAGAUUAUGCGUUCGGCUCUGCAGCAGAUAAAUGGCCUUUUCCAGAAUAACUCAUUCUGCUCCUUGGACUCCGUCCUUACAGAGGCAGCUGCUGAGGUCCAGUCUCGGUUAAAGAAUGAAUAUCAACGCCUGCGAGGAGAGAUGCAGGGAUCGAUCUCACGAAUAGUGGCUUUUGAAUUGCAAAAAGCCAGUUGUUCCCUGGAGACGAUGAUCUAUCAACUGGAAAGCAUGCGGGAUCUUGCUCGAGAUUACGAAAAAAAGUUGGCCAAGAAAGACAGGACCAUCAGUGAGUUGUCCUCGGAGAUAUCCGAGGCUAGAGUGACUUUCGAUCAACAGCGAAUCAACGACAACAAGGCGCGCAAGAAAUUUUGUACACAAUUGGCACUCAACCACGCCAAGCGAAGGCUCAUGCUGCGUGCUUGGACGUUUUGGAAAAGGGCAAUUGAGAGUUCCUGGAAGGACCGAGUUUAUCGACGUCUGGUAGAUCAGGCCAACGAAGUCUGCGUUAACCUGAGGCGAGAACAUGCGCACAUUGUGGCUGAGGUGAGUCAGACAAUGCAUUUUUGUUUGUUUGUGUACGUCACGGCCUAG